AUGGCGUCAUCCACAGUACGAACAUGUGCAAUUGUCACAUGUAAACGUUCGUCUUUCGCACUAUGCCAUUGCUGUGAAGAACAUUUAUGUAUCAACCAUUUGAAUGAACACUCCAAUCUGCUCAAUACAAAAUUAAUACCACUUGCAGAUGAGAUCAAUACUCUAUUGGACCGAAUCAGACGUGAAUCUUUGACUGAAUCAUCUUGUCUCAAAGAUCUUGAAGAAUGGCGUCGUGAAGCGCAUCAAAUAGUCGAUCGAUUCUACGAGACAAAACGUAAGCAGCUUAUCAAUGAGAUAAGUAAAGAUAAAACAAUAGAACUCGACCGAUUGAAAUUUAAAAUUGAUACAUUAAUUCGUGAACAAGAUGCAACUCAAGACCAAAUUGAUUUGAUCACAGAAAAAAUUCGUUCGAUUAAACAAGCUAUUGAUGAAUUUCAAAAUCUUGGCCUCAUUAUUCAUCCUUUCACGAUUGAUGAUAAUCUUAUUGUACUUAAAUCGAAUGCGUUUCUUCCGCUCAGAACGGCAUCUCGAACAAUGUCUUAUACGGCUAGCAAUUCUGCAAUGGCCAGCAAUGAAAAACAUGUAUUAAUAGAAAAUGAAUCAAACCUAUGUUUAGUUAACGAUCGAUUGACAGUUACCAAAAAGACACUAUGGACAUUUGGUGAAAUAUGGGGAAUGUGUUGGUCAUCAACACUUGCUCGAUUCAUCAUCGUUACCAACAAAAUUUUGUUUAUUCUUGAUGAAAAAACAAUGACACUCACACAAUGUCAAAUUUCUUCGGAUAAGAAUUGGUAUCGGGGAACAUGCUCUAAUACAACAUUAUUCUUAUCGACCUGGCAAUUGGGAGAAGGAUCAAAUAUCAUUGAAUAUUCUCUUCCAUCUAUUCAAUAUAUGAAACAAUGGCAACCACCUCUAACAUGUAACAAAAACGAAUGGAUUGAAGAUUUUGAGUUCAAAAAUAGUUCACUGGCUAUGAUCAUCGUUCAUGAUGAUGGAAAAUGUGGGCGUUUCGAACUUCGCUCAGCGACAACUCUUCAGUGCAUCUGGUCGAUUGUGCUCGAUGGAGGAUAUCAGUGUUACUCGAUUAAUUAUGAUCAAUGGAUUGUAAUUAAAAAUAAACAAGCAGAAAUAUUACAUAUAUCGAAUGAUGGAGGUAUUCUAGAACAACAACAAUAUGAUUCACAGAUAACAAAUGUUGCUGUCUUAAAUAAUAAUAUACUUAUGAUUAAGACUGCUAAUCAUAUCAAUUUGCAUGAAAUCUAA